AUGGAGAAGACAACACACAGGGUCAUUUUUUCAAGACAACCUGCCCGAAUAAUGCUGGUUGACUUCUCUGCUCCAUUUGAUAUGGAUACGUGUCACACCCUGCAGCAGUCGGUUGGCCGGUUCUUCUGUCUAGCCUGCAAUCUCUCAGGUCCCCCAAGAGCACCUUUUUUCGGGCUGUUUGCCCUGGGAAAUUAUCCUGAGGCCAUCCUACCACUGCAACCAUCAAGGAACAACCUGCCAAGGCUCGAGUCUGCCCUAAAUGAGCUGCAGAUUCUGUUUAAUAACUCACAGACCAAAAUAAAGAAGAGUCGAUGUCUUGGACAAGGACUUCAAGAGGCAGUUGCACAGUAUAAGAGACAGUCAAACAACCUUCUUCAAAAUGCUGGGUACUGGUGUCAAUUGGAACUAAUCAUUGUGACCAGCCAGAAUGGGACCAGCGUAGCCAAGCAAGCAGAGAAGGUAAUCAAGACAUUGCAGUUGGAUUCACUAAGGAAAGUUCAGGUGCUUGUCCUACAUCAGACCGACCAGCUGCGAUUUGAUGAUGAGGAAGCCAGUGACAGUCAGUUAAGUGAAGGUUCCACUGAAGAGUUGGAGGGAAUUGUCGAUAUACUUACUGUGAUGAAUGACUCACUAUCCCUUGAAAACUUCUUCAAGACGUGGCUUCAGGACACGGGGACAGACAAGGAGCAUCUUCACCUCUCAAUGCCAAGACUAGCCCCCGAUGGUGAAAAUCUCCUACUCAAAUUUGAUCUACACGAACGACUUAUCAAUCCUGCUCUGCUCUCUUGUGCAGCACAGUUUUGUUUGCAGAUUGAUGGAGAGACAACAACGCGGACAAAUUUUGGUGGAAACAAGGCUACCAUGACAGUCCCUGUCUACAAGAUGAGAGCAGAGCAGCUGGUCCAUGCAGACUCUAUAUGCGAGUCCACUCUGUUUGGUCAGCCUCUGGUGAUGAAGCCAACCUCCUGUUGGAAGAUGGACUGGGAUGAACUGGAGACAAAUCAGCAUAACGUCUAUGCUUUAUGCCACCUACUCAAUGUCUUUUGGAGUUUCAAGGACGGCAAAGUGUUUUUCACUUUUAUCCCUAAAUUUCAGAACAUGGUUCUCUUAGGAAGCCUGGAAGCUGAGCAACCCAACCAAGGGCCCUUAUAUUCGAAAUCAUCCUGCUCGAAACCAAGUGGUCACUUUAUCCUAAUGCCAUCUCAAAGUUGUGCUUUGGUGGUGCGGUCGAUUGCUGUGAGGGAACUUAUUUUGCCAUGUGAAUUAUCAACCAUGAAUGAAACACCAAAUUCAGAGAGUUUGGAUAUUGUUUCUAGAUCAUUAGAACAGUUGGUGGAGAAUGAGUCUUACAAUCCCUUGUUGACAGAUUCUGGCCUUUAUGAAUGUCUAUCUCGCCCGCAAGGUAACAAACAGCAGAAAAGGAAACCUGUCACACAGGGAGGUCAAAAGACUAAGAAGAAUGAUGUAACUCCAGACCCAAGCAACAGUCAACCUUCCACCAACCAAAAGCGCUUCAGACCAUCCCUCGGAAAGAUGGUAUAUGGAAACAAAGCCUCGUUCCCAACACAACUUUAG